UUUUUAGAAAAAAAAAAAAUAAUAAUAAAGAAAGAACGGUAAAAAAAAAUUAAAAAAAAAAACAGAAAGCACCUAACUCUUCGAAAAAAAUUGAAGUAACUGUAAAAUGGAUAGAGGCAAAUAACCGUCAAAUCCCACUCCCUUCCCCUACAAAACCCACUCUUCCCCCCACUUUCAACCUUUUUCCGCUCUUCUUCCCUUCAUACACCCCCUCUCUUUUUUUUACCAUCAUUCUUCCUUUUUUUUCAGUUUUUUUUCCGACAACUUUUCACUCCCUAUUUUCCUUCCAUGGAUAACACUCCUCUUCCUCCACUACCACCACCCUUGCCACUACCGCUACCGCCUCUGCAACCUCAACCGACACCGAUACCAAUACCUCUUUCGGUGUCUCUUCCUACACCAAUUUCCUACGUCCACAAUCACAAAGAUUUACUCAUACCUUUUCCUCCCACCACACCAACUUCCUCCUCCCCAACCGCCUCUUUACGUAAGAAACGCCGCUCUAAACUCCUCCGCAUUGACACUUCCACCAACACAACACCGACCAACAAAAAACCUUACUCCUCCGCUACUGAGAUCACGCCACCAUGCACGGAGUGUGGAAAAACCUUUUGGUCCUGGAAGGCUCUUUUUGGUCAUAUGCGAUGCCACCCUGAACGUGAGUGGCGUGGCAUUAACCCUCCGCCUCAUCUUCGUCGUCGUUCUCUUCCUCCAACGCCGCCUCCCACCCCUACUACUACCACUGAUGACCAUGAGGUUGCGGCUAGCCUUCUAUUACUCGCUGCUGGUCCUGUCUCCCCUGACGUGGCAUUAGCCUCUCCGGCCAGGUUCGAGUGCUCGAGUUGUAAGAAGACAUUCGGGUCUCACCAAGCGCUCGGUGGUCACCGUGCUAGCCAUAAGAAUGUCAAGGGAUGCUUUGCCAUCACCAAGAGUGCAACUGACGUUGAGGAUGAUCAAUGUAUGAUCAUGCAAAGUGGUUCAAGUCAUGAGGAGGCAAUUGGGCUGGGCCUUACUUUGGGCUUGGGUCUUGGAGUGGGCCACAAGUGUGGUAUUUGUUUGAAGGUGUUUCCUACUGGACAGGCCUUGGGUGGCCACAUGAGGUCCCACUGGAGAAGAGUGAGGAGCAGGCGUCGCGGUCAUUGUUUGGGCUUCCACUUGGGUCAGAUUCAAGGCCCAGUCAGGCCCAAUGUGGUGUUGAUCUCAACCUACCGGUCCGACUUCUAG